AUGUCCUUCUGGGGGGGGGUGCUGACCCUCGGCGGGGAUCGUCUCCAAUAUCGAUCCCAGGAGGGUCGCCUCCACUUGGCGCUUGCAGUGCCUAUCUGUCCCUUCUACCUGGAGCAGCAGCAGCAGCAGCAGCACAAUAACAAGAAGCAGCAGCAGCAGCAGCAGCAGCAGCAGCAGCAAAAGAAGCAGCAGCAGCAAGCCCCUACGUGGGUGCUGAUGAUGCAGACAAAACAUUUUAGGGCUCCCAUCGCCAGAAUCAAGGAAUUCAGGCAGCCCCUCAAGAUGCUUAUUUCGGAAGACGCAGAGCUCUGGAUUGAAGCAGCAGCAGGCAGCAGCAGCAGCAGCAGCAGCUGGGCCCUCCAACUCGCUGGUACCCUCGUGCCUUAUGGACACCCCUGUAGCUGCUGCUCCGACGAGUGCAGCAGCAGCAGCAGCAGCAGCAGGAAGCGGAAGGUUGGGGAGGACCCCGAUGAGGCCCCGCAGCUCGUGGACGAGCAGGUGUACAGACAGCAGAAACUGCUAAAGCAGCAGCAGCAGCAGCAGCAGCAGCAGGGUUCUUUAUCUCUUCAUUUAGCAAAGGAGACAGAACGAAUUCCUUCUCUAGCUGAGCAGCUAACGGGGCAGAAGCAGCACAAGCCGCAGCAACGACCACCCCCUCUCUCGCAGCAGCAGCAGCAACAGCAGCAACAGCAGCAGCAGCAGCAGCACGAAGUGAGUCAAGGAGAUGUUUAUCGUCUGCCUUGUGGGGUAGAGUAUAGAGUAAUGAGGGUUAGCAGCAAGAAAGGCGGUUUGGAGUGUAGCAGAGGCAAAUGUGUAGAGGUUUGUUAUAAAGGGUUUAUAGCGAAAACGUACAGAUGUUUUGAUAAAGGCUUACAAUUGUUAGAGUUGAAUGAAAAUAAGGUGUUUAGGGAUUUGUACAAACUCUUAGCGAAGAGUUUGGGGGGCCCUGUAUGGAGCCCUAUGGAGCCUCCACAAUUGGUAGAUGACCCUGGGGAUUGUCCCCUAAGGUCUUCAAAUGAUUCAUCAUCUGAUUCUGCUGCAGCAGCAGAAGCAGCAGCAGCAACAGCAGCACCAGCAGCAGCAGCAGCAACAAAACCUUCUGUUAUGUUUGUAUCUAUGGAGCCUUUGAAUGAGACAUCAUCAAUGCUGCGGUCUCCUUCUUCUUCUUCUGCGUCUUCUUUGUCAUCUGCUGCUGCUGCAGCAGAAGCAGCAGCAGCAGCAGCAGCAGCAGCAAGCGCUUUGCCUGUCCCUAAGGCUUGGCUAAGAGAACCUUCUCGUCUACGCUCAUCUCGCUGCUGCUGUUUAUUUUUCAUCAUCUGUGUGAAGACAUUGAAAGCAGAUAUUGCUGCUUCAGAUUCUUUAGAGUCUCUGGUAGCAGAAGAGCAGCAGCAGCAGCUGCAGAAGCAACUUGUUGCUGCUGCUGUGCAGCUAGGCUUGUAUCUGCUCUCUCUAUCUUCCUAUCUUGCAGCUGCUGCUGCUGCUUGGAUCUUUAGAUAUAACAUCAUUCUUCACGGGCCUGGAUCGCCUGCUGCUGCUGCUGCUGCUACAGGGGCUGCUGCUGCUGCUGCUGCUGCUGAAGUUGCUGCUGCUGCUGCUGCUGCUGCGGAAGACGGCGCUGCAGACCCCCAGGGACGCAGGCAAACCCAAAGAGCCACCGUGCAGCAGCAGCUGCUGCAGCAGCAACUCCAGCUGCUGCAGGAGGAACAGAUGGAGCAGCAGCAGCUGCUGCUGCUGCGGCAAGAAGAGCUGCUGCUGCAGCAAGUAGCCAAAGGGAGAUCCCCUUCAACAGCAGCGCGUAAGUCCCUAGCAGCAACAUCACAAGACAGGGAAGCAGCAGCAGCAGCUGCUGCUGCUGCUGCUGUAGCCCGCAAGUCGCUUGCCUUUACAGAGCAGGGAAGAGAAGCAGCAGCAGCAGCAGCAGCAGCAGCCGCAGCAGCUCGGAAGUCCCUCGCCCUGUCUUCAAGAGGCAGCAAAGAAGACGCAGCAGCAGCAGCUGCUGCUGCUGCGGCUGCUGCUGCUGCAUUGAGAAGCCAGCGUGCUACUAUCUUCGGUGUAGAUACACCCCAACGAAGCAGCGUGGCGCCCCGCCGCUCAACUGCUGCUGCUGCAGCUGCUGCUGCUGCAGCAUCUGCUGCUGCUGCUGGAGCGCAGCAGCAGCAGCAGAAGCAGCAACAGGAGCAACACCGCAGGUACACGGAAGGUGUUCCGCUGCGUGCUGCUGCUAGGGAGCAGCAGCAGCAACAACAACAACGCAGAUACACUGAACGCCCUACGCCCCGUGCUGCUGCUGCUGCUGCUGCUCCAGCAGCAGCAGACACGCAAAGAGACACCCGAAGAGAGACCGCAAGAUAA